AUGAUACGUAUUGGCGAAAAGGCGUUGAAUAAAUUUCGUACCGCUUUAUUAUUGGAUAAGAAUCCUUCUUUGUCAAAGUCACUCAUACGAUCGCGACUUUAUACGGCUUUAAACAGCGACGACAUUUUCGCAAAGGUAGCACAGUCUUUGCUUGAGGAGGAACGGGAUACCAAGACCCUUCGUUGUUUGCGUUGUAAGCGUUUUGGCCAUGUGGCAUCCACGUGUAAUGUGCGGUUGCCGAAAUACAAUAGGCCACGUCAAGGCACUUCUAACCAAUCACGGUACUCAAAAAACUUUCGAGGAGCCGCCUCCCACCGUUGCCAGUGGCGACGUGCAGCCCAGAAUGACAGGAUCCCUAUAGAUUUAAUUCGAAGGCCCGCAGGAUCCCGUUUGCAUCCUGUUUUGUACUUCGCCUAUCAAAAUAACAGGCCCAGGGGUUCCACAUUCUCAACCAACGGCGUUCAGAUUUGGUACCACUAA